AUGUUUCUUCUCUCUGGAUAUGCGCACGACAUGUUGAGCAGAAAGGGCUCCAGCGCGGGGGUGAUGAUGGCACAGUCCGGAGUGGAUCGCACCAGGGUUGGGGAGAGACUGCACGCUGCUCUGGCCGGGCUGCAGGAGCUCCAUCUGCUCCGGGACAGACAGGGGGAGAUGGUGACCUGGGCCCUGCGUGCGGACAGAGAGGAGCCGGUGACUUCGGUGCGCCUCAGCCCGGAGGGGCAGGGGGGCAUGGGGCCAGAGGAGCAGCGGCUGGAGGCGACACUCUCUGCGCUCAAACAGCAGCUGUCUCGCCUUCGAAAGCAGGAUGUGGGGUUGAAGACACACUUGCAGCAGCUGGACCAGCAGAUAAAUGACCUCAAGCUGGAUGUGAACAAAGUGUCCACGGAUCAACAGGAAACUGACAGCCGCCCAAGCUCAGGUUUCUAUGAGCUUAGUGAUGGCGGCUCCGGAUCUCUCUCCAACUCAUGCACAUCGGUGUACAGUGCGUGCCUGUCAUCGCCGCAGGCAACCUUACCAACGAGCCCUCCGAAUUCCCAAACUAAGCCGCAUCACCAGACCGACGUGUCGCGUAGGCGGUCAGCAGACGAAAGCACCACCCAAAGCAUUGCACCACGAAUGAAAGCUGGUUUACAUCUAGGCAGCUGUCGGAUCCGCGCCAACACAGAAAAGGCUCGCCCAAGACCAGUGUCAACAGGUGAUCUGGAGAGGAUGAUGGGGCAAAUGCAGAACUACAACAAACCAGUGGAUACAAACAGCUUCAGUAAACUCAGCUUCGAGUCUGGCACGGACACCAUCUCAUCCCAACACUCACACAGGAAGCCGUCUGAAGUGGUAACGGUAUUUCCUGAGGUGUCCCAGAAAGAAGUGUCAACCCUUCCACCACUUCCCCCACCUCCACCCCCUGUCACGACAACUCCACAGACCACAAACGUUGUCCCAGCGCUGGAUAACGACCAAAAGAGGCACUACCCAACUCAGGAGGCAGCUGAUAACACAAACCAGUACAAACAGUUGCUUAGAACCCACAAGGUUUCACACCGCCUGUCCUUCCCAGCUGACACCCGCGAGUACAGCUCAGAUGAAGUCACCACCUCCACCCUUAAGAAAGCCAUCAAAAUGCCCAUACCAGUUCUAGCACAGAAGAAGGGCAUAGCUUUGAGGUCCCGCAUAGCACCUCUCCGCAAUUUGUCCACGCUCAAUUUGUCCCAGCUGGCUCCCAAAGAGUCAAGAUACCCCGCUGCCCCGUACCACAUGACAAGCCGCUAUCCGCCUCGCUGUGAGUCUGAAUAUUCAGCCGAGUGCGCGUCUCUUUUCCAUUCAACUAUUGCAGCUAGCAGUGACGGAGAGAUGAGUGAUCACACGACCAAUCGAUUCGGAGAUAGCGAGUCCAGUCAAAGCUAUCAAUCACUAUCAGACUCUGACAGUAGCUUGUCUUUUGAUGAGGAAGAUGACUUUCUGGAUGAAGAGGGAGGUUUUCAAUGGGCCAAUGCUUCUAUGGCACCUACAACAGCGGGAUGCCCAGUGCAGCAACCGCAACAACAGCAGCCGCAGCAGCCGCCCCGCUGUGCUCCUUCCGCUCCUUCCGCUUGCCGAAUCAAAGCGUCCCGAGCCUUAAAGAAGAAGAUCCGGAGGUUUCAGCCGGCUUCUAUGAAGGUUAUGACCCUAGUGUAA